AUGUCAACGGAGAAGGUCGCGUAUACAAGCGUUCCUGUCGCUGACAAACAUGAAGAACCACCCGAAGCCAACCCGACGAACGGCUUCGGUGUUCGACACUUACAAGCCCUCCUUCUAUUUGUAUCUCUCUCGGUCGGGUUGGCCAUGAGAGCCCACUUGAGCGUCACAUUAGUGGCAAUGACGGGCCACAGCUUGCAGGGGCGUAACAUAACUUGCGCUAAUCUAGGACACAAACUGGAUCUGCACAAUUUAAAUGCAACCGAAGCCAACCGAACUUUGGAUCUAGACAGUUAUACGAAUGGCCACUCCACUCUGGAUUGCACGGAAGAUGCUCAGAGAUCGUCUAUUUGGAACAUCUACCGGACUUACAACUGGUCAAAACCGAAACAAGAGAUGAUACUGUUCGCCUUUUUUGUCGGCUACACAAGUAUGAUGCUGCCCAUGGGCUUGAUUGCGCAGAAGUUCGGCGGGAAACUACCGAUAUGCGUCGCGUUGGCUGUGAACGGUAUUUUGUCUGUGAUGACUCCGUGGAUGCCUCUAUUUGGUGGUUGGAUAUCAGUCUGCAUCGGCCGACUUUUGCAAGGGAUGACGCAGGCUGCUUUCUUUCCCAGCAUACACACGUUGCUCGGGAAAUGGGCACCACUGGCGGAGAGAGGAAGGCUCAGCACAUAUGUUUACACAGGCUCCCAAUUCGGCACAAUUUUAGCAUUCCAAAUAGCGGGCUUUUUCGCUGGCAGCCCUUUGUUCGGUUGGCCGACAACGUUUUGGUUUUGCGGCAUUUUGAGCCUUGUGUGUUGCGGCUUUCUAUAUUACUUCGGUUCAGCCUCACCUUGCGAUCAUCCGAGUAUAAGUCCGGAGGAGCUAGCUUACAUUACUAAAGAUGCAAGCGCUGACACAGUACCAAAAAAACGGAAAACCCCUUGGAGGCAGAUUCUGACGUCGAAACCAAUCUGGGGCUUGGUGGCGACGCACACGGGUAGUGCCGCAGGAUAUCUGUUGGUGCUCACUCAGAUACCGAUGUAUAUGAACAAAGUGCUCGGAGUAGAUAUACAGAGGAACGGUGUUUAUUCAUCCCUUCCGUAUAUAUCGAUGUACUUUAUGACACUACUAUUUGGUUAUUUAUCGGAUCUUUUGGCGAACAAGAAAUUGAUGUCGGUGACUAAUAUAAGAAGAACAGCAAAUACGAUUGGUAUGGCAGUAUCUGGACUGUUUCUUAUAGGAUUUAGUUUUGUGCAAGACACAUUGGUUGCAGUGAUUCUCAUGGUGUUAUGCUUGGGGUUGCACUCCGGCGUACACGUCGGGUUCCAUAUAAACCAUAUAGAUCUGGCGCCGAACUUUGCUGGGCCGACUAUGGCAAUGGGGAACAUGAUUGCCAACUUGUCUGGGCUCGGUGUUCCGGUACUGGUCUCUAAUAUCGUUGGCGAUGAUGUGACAAAUCAAUCAAAAUGGCAGAUACUGUUCAUAAUUUUCGCGUCUGUUCAAUUUGUUACGAAUCUUAUCUUCGUUAUUUUCGCAAAGGGCACGGUACAAGAAUGGAACUUCUAUAGCGAAGAGGAAAAAGAUGAAAACGAAGAGAUUCUCUAUACAAAAGGAGAAAUUAAAGGUAUCUUAAGAAAGAAAAUCAACGUUGAAAAAACG